AUGUCCCCUCAGACAAAUGUCAAGGUUUCUUGGCUUUCCCGCAUCAAGCGAUAUGGGGGAUUCCUGGUCAUGGACUGUUGUCGGGCUUCAAAGGCCAUCAAGCCAUAUGAAGGUGAGCUUUGGCCCAACCCCGAAAACUUUCACUGGUCACACAAAGAUCGCAGGUUCAAUUGUACGCCCAUUGAGGCAACACCCGUCCAGACGCAACCCCGGCCAAACUCUGACAUGCGUGUACCUAGUCAGCUCAGCGCCCUGCCGGUCAGGGUGUUGAGUCCAACACACCCAUGGCUUUCACAAGACCUGCCCCCUCUCCCCUUACCCGAGCCACCCGUCAAGAUCCGUUCGAGCAUAGAGCCCUCGCAAUUUUCUGGGGAGCGUGACGGUGCUGUUUCACGUAACAGCAGCAGCAGCCGUCAGUCUUCCAGCACCGUCAGUUCAAACCCCUGCCGCAGGUCGGCCAACGAGGAUGAACGAUUUGAACGUCUCAACAAGAGGCUGCUACGCGCUUCCAUAAUUGAUGAGGUUCUCGGCAUAUUUGACAAGGCCAGCAACAUGCCAUAUGCCGUCUGCGGCAUGACGGGCUUGGCGGCUUGGGGAUACAAUCUCGGCUUGCCUCGGCACAUCACCAUCAUGGUACCUCCGCACUGCCGCAACACCAUCACAGGCUGGGCAAAGACGGUGCCACAAUUCGAGACCUUCUCAUCCCGCCCGGACGUCAUCGGCGUCCAGACCAGCGACAGCAGGAUCGUCCGCAUCAACAUCACAUACCCGGACGCUGCGGACGGCGUGUGGGAGGAUUAUUUCAACACCGAUCGAGUGCAGCUCCGCGGAACUGGCGAAUAUGCAGAGGUGCUGCGCCUUUCCAAGCUUCUGAACCAGACGGCCGUCAGCUACAUGGAUGCUAGUGAACUCGACGACGCCGAGCUGACGGGAAUGAUCAGCGGCGAUAUCCUUUGGAUCCUGUGGCGCAUUGCUAGAGGUCUCGCCAAAGGUGAGCAUGGCAUUGCGCCGCUGAACCCGGCCGAUAUCCCAUCCGUCAUGGACCGGACCUUUUGGGACUCGUUUUCCGGCACUCACCCCGACGCAUCGGAGAGGUUUGCCGCCGCGGGCUUGCACUACAGGCUUCAGCCGCGCGGCGACGUCCGUUCCAUGACGAAUCCUGUGCCCAAGCCCUUUAACCCUUACUGGCAACCCAGCCCACCCGCUGUCGAGAUGGUUAACCCGAUGCAAGAAAACAUGAGGGCUUCUAAGCCGCUGAGAGCCGCAUCGGCCAAUACCGUCAGGCUCACCCCUGCCGAGAAGCUGAAGCAGAGGUUCCAGCAGCCGCGGCGGCAAACUGCCACGAUUAGCGAUGGACAACCGCUCACGAGCCGCAACUCGUGUCCCGUUGGUCACAACGGAAGCAAAUCGAUGGCGCAGGCUUCGGCGCCCUUUCGGCAGUCUUUAUAA